AUGUCUGGACUCCGCAUUGCUCUCGGCGGCGACGAAGCCGGCUUCUCCUACAAGGCCGCCAUCGCCAAGGACCUGGCUGCCGACCCCCGCGUCGCCUCUGUCAUCGACGUCGGCCCCAACGCCGACUCCGACAAGACCGCCUACUCUACCUACGCCAUCCGCGCUGCCGAGGCCGUUGCCAAGGGUGAGGUCGACCGUGCCAUUCUCAUCUGCGGUACCGGUCUUGGUGUCGCUAUUGCUGCCAACAAGGUCGACGGUGUCCGUGCCGUCACCGCCCACGACAGCUUCUCCGUCGAGCGCUCCAUCCUAAGCAACAACUGCCAGGUCCUAUGCCUUGGACAGCGUGUUAUUGGAAUUGAGCUCGCUAGGAGACUCGUCAAGGAGUGGCUCAGCUACCACUUUGAUACUACCUCCGGCUCAGCUGCCAAGGUGAAGAUCAUUGAGGACUACGAGAAGGCCAAGGGUAACUAA